AAGGACACCCCUUCAACAUCCUCUCCCCUCCCAAACCCCCGCUCACCAUCCUCUCCCUUGCUCUGUUACGCCGGUGGAUUUGGCAGAUCUCAAGCUUUGUUCUACGCUAUCUCCACGGCGGCGGCCGUGAGCCACCACUUCUGCCACCUUUUCUCCUAUCCCUCUGUUCAUUCUCUUCUCUUACACUUCUGUUAUUUUUACCCUAAUCCACCCACGCGUAAACACUCACCCUAGAAAAACGCGUCCAAUAAACUCUUUGAUUGUACUCUUCAUUUGGAGUCACGCCGUUUUCGAUGUUGAUGUAGUUUGAAUUCCAUACGGUGGUUCAAAACCCUAAUCUUGAUAUUCGUUUCCCUGAUUUCAUAAGCACUAAACCCAUUACCCUUUUGUCUCCUUUAAUGGACCGUGCUUCAAGAUUUCAGAACGCUGUGCCUCUGAGCAGCGGAAGUUUGAACAAGGCUCCACAAAUUCAGAACGAUGGCGUUGGGAUGAAGCCUAUGCCACCAUCAAUCCUCGACCGAUUUAGGGCCAUGGUGAAGGAGAGAGAGGAGGAACUUAGGGCUUUUGGUGGUGGGCCCUUGGGCACGGAUGAAAUUGUGCGGCUUUAUGAGAUUCUGUUAUCGGAGCUUACUAUUAAUUCGAAGCCCAUCAUCACUGAUCUCACUAUAAUUGCAGGAGACCAAAGGGCACAUGGCGAGGGCAUCGCCGAUGCUAUUUGUGCUCGGAUUAUCGAGGUUCCUAUUGAUCAGAAAUUGCCUUCUUUAUACCUUUUAGACAGUAUCGUGAAAAACAUUGGCAAGGAAUACAUUAAGUACUUCUCUGCCCGCUUGCCUGAGGUUUUCUGUGAGGCCUAUGCACAAGUCCACCCCAGUAUGCACCAGGCAAUGCGGCAUCUUUUUGGUACGUGGUCGGCAGUGUUCCCAUCAUCGGUACUUCAAAAUAUUGAGGCCCAGUUGCAGUUUUCCCCCUCUGUAAAUGGUCAAUCUUCUGGCUUGGGUGCUUCAACGCGUUCUGAAUCACCUCGACCAACACAUGGGAUACACAUAAAUCCAAAAUAUCUGGAGGCACAGCGUCAGUUUGGACAUUCAACUGUAGAUACUGUUGGAACUGAAGGGCUAAGUUCAACUGGUCGUGCAGGCCUUGCGACUUCUGGUCUUGAUGCUGUAAAGAAGUCUCUGCCAUCAGCUUCCAGGAUCAUGAGGUCCUCGUCUCCUUAUAGAGUUGGGCAUGCUGGGUCAUUAUCACCUUCACUUGAGGAGUUUAGUAUGGAUAGUUCCCCAACAAGAGUAGCCAUCGGGGCCUCACCAUCUGGUCAGGGCAUUGAUUAUGGGCUCAGCAGAGUGAUGGGUAGGGAGGAGGAGACAAGUGAAUGGAGAACAAGAAAUUGGCAGGGAACUUCCAAUCAACAUCUCAAAGCAUCUGCUGCACAUAAAUAUAGUAAUGGUGUUGAUCUUCGAGGACCUAGAGCUUUGAUUAGUGCCUAUGGAAUAGAUGAAAGAGAAAAGCAUUUGAAACCUAGAAAUCAGUUGGACGCAAAUGGUGCUGACAAAAAGGUAGCCAUGAGGACAUGGCAAAACACUGAAGAGGAAGAAUUUGACUGGGAAGAUAUGACCCCAGCUUUAGCAGAUAGGAGGCAUUCUAAUGAAAUAUAUUCAUCUCUUCCACCUCCUGGUAACGUGCUGCCAAGAAACAGCUUUUCCACAAACCAUGCUGCUGCGUUGGUGACUGAUUACGGAGGCAACUUGACCAAGCCUGGUCGUGGAUCAAUUAACAAGAUUGUGGAAGUCUUUCCAAAUGUUGCUGGCCCCAGUGACCUUCCAAUUCAGAUUCCUCCCAGUUUUAGAGAAUCCUUGAUUUUGCCACAUCUGCAGUCGCAGAGCCAUUUGAAUGUCAAAGGAGGUGGUUCUUUUUCCGAAAGUAGAAGUAGCUUAACUGGUGGUGAGCAAAAGCUCCCAUUGAUUGACAAUUUCUCAAAUACAGAUGGGAAGCUGGGGGGGCCGUCAAGUACUGCUUCCACAUUUAGUUCCACCUACGACACUCCCAUUUCUGAUAUUCGAACAGCUCAUGAUGCAGCUUUAACAAAAGCAUGGCGCCCUGCGAAAUUUCAGACUCCGCACAUGCCCUCACUUUCUGCUCUUCCACCACAAAUGCAUAUCAGGGGUCAAUAUGGCAUGAAGACUGCUCCCAAUAUUGUUGCUGAUCAAGGUUUGAACAAGACAAUUUAUUCGGAGCAGCAUUUGGGUACCACUAGAAACAUGCCACAGGUCACCUUGCCUCUAAUUCCUAGUCAGCGUCCUAGCCUGAUUCCCAUAAAUCUGCAAGGAACUGCACAGCCUUCUCUAGCGCAGUCAAUGGCUCAAGGGGCUGGACAAUUGCCUUCUUCAGUUCCUGCUCCAUCAAAUACAAUGGUACCACCUAAAAGUUAUGGAUAUUUAGCACAUGCACAGGGUCCUCCUAUUGGUACGACAUCCCUGUCUAAUAUAGUUCCAGGUGUGCAGUCGUCUUUGCCGGUCCUCAAUGCCCCUAAUAUGUCAUUUCAUGUUCCUGGGGCAGCCUUACAGCCUCUACCUGGGGUCCCUCUUCCUGGCACAAGUCAGGCUUUACCUAGUGGUCAAACUGUUGGUCGAGUCGCUCCUAACCCUCCAGGUGGAGGUGCACUUUCAGGUUUAAUUAGUUCCUUAGUGGCGCAAGGUUUGAUAUCGUUAACAAAGCAGGAUUCUGUUGGAGUGGAGUUUGAUCAAGACAGUCUUAAGGUGCGUCAUGAAUCCACAAUAACUGCUCUAUAUGCUGAUCUUCCUAGACAAUGCAAAACUUGCGGCCUUCGGUUUAAAAGCCAAGAAGAGCACAGUAAGCAUAUGGAUUGGCAUGUUAACAAGAACCGAACUUUGAAAACCCGUAAGACAAAACCAUCUCCGAAGUGGUUCGUGAGUGUUAGCAUGUGGCUCAGUGGUGCAGAGGCAUUGGGAACUGAGGCGGUUCCUGGGUUUUUGCCUGCUGAGAACACUGUGGAAAAACCGGAGGACGAAGAAAUGGCUGUUCCGGCUGAUGAGGAUCAGAAUACUUGCGCAUUAUGUGGAGAGCCCUUUGAUGAUUUUUACAGUGAUGAGAUGGAAGAAUGGAUGUAUAAGGGGGCUGUAUACAUGUAUGCACCAGCGGGGUCAAUAGUUGGAAUGGACAGGUCGCAGUUAGGUCCUAUAGUGCAUGCUAAAUGUAGGUCUGACUCCCAUGGGAUUCCGCCUGAAGAAAAGGAUGAAAGGGAAUCAACUGAAGAAGGUAGUCAAAGGAAAAGGUUGAGGAGUUAGCGUUGUUGAGGGCGGUAUCUAGGUCACCUGUAACUUAACAUUGAGUUUCUACAAGAUAUUGUUUUUUUCUUUAUGUUUUGUUGCCUGCCAGAAUCAUGUACAUGUGUAGUGGACUGUAAUAUUCGCAUUGUCUCAUGGAAAAAGAAGCUCUUAAAACAGA